GCAGUUCGAUCGGCGAUCGCUCGUCUCUACAAACGCACGCGCGGGUGAAAAACAAACGGGUGGACGGAUCUUCUUUGUUUUCCUCUCUCUUUCUCUCUCUCUUUCUCUCUCUCUCUCUUUCUUCCUCACACGCGAGAGAUAGGAGGGAAAUUAUAUAUACGUAUAUACAUAUUGGUUUGGUAUUUUUGAUCAAUCGGGAAGAGGAUGAGGAAAUUGGUAGCAAUCUUAACGAUCGUGUCCACGGUGGGAGGAUGUUUGGCCGGGCAGGAUUUCCUCUCGAAAUCGUUGAACGAGUGCAUAGCCGCCGACUCUUGGCUGUCGUGCCUUAAGCAAGAGGUGCUCGGAUACUUGGACGGGAAGCUUGGAACGAGCACCGAGGCCAGAUCCUUGGACACGGUCGACGAGGCUAUAGUCGCGAGGUCGUUCAAGUAUCUGAAGAGCUUCGACUACGGGUUAGACCUGCCUUUCGUGGACGCUAGCCUCAAGUACAGGCCUAGCAGGAGUUUGGCGGAUCUGGAUAUCGAGUUCAAUGGGAACGAGGUGGCCACCAGCCAGGCGAGGGGAAUGUUGAAGAAGAAGCUGCUGUUGCCCUUCCUGCUCCUGUUGAAAUUGAAACUGAAGGCCCUUAUGCCGAUCCUCGUAGCCGUCGUUGGAUUGAAGGCGUUGAAGGCUCUGAUCCUCUCGAAACUCGCCAUCCUCCUCGUCGUUGGAUUCAUCGCUGUUCAAUUGCUCAAGAAGGGUGGAAUGAUGAUGCCGAUGGGAAUGUCGAUGGAACCGGCUGCACCGGCGUACGGAGCUCCACCUAUGCCCUCGACCACGUCGAGCUACGAUCCGGCGAACACGUGGGACGGAAACGGACCGUAUUCCCGCGUAUGGACGCCGACCAACGGUGUGGAAGCGCAGAAUCUAGCAUACUCUUACUACUCUCCGAGCAGCGGGUCCAACUCUUACAGCGGCUCCUCGUCCUCCUCGUCCUCCUCGUCGUCGGUCAAUUCCGCUAGCUCGACCAACUAUUAGACCGAUGGAUAGUCGAUUCGUUCUCCCCCCUUUUUUUCAACUCUGACUUUAUAACGACGGAUCGAUCGCACGAUCGAGAGACCAAAGAGAAUAGAAAUACGCACGCCAAAUAAUCUAAUCUGACGAUUAGACGAUCGUCGAUCGAUCGAUCAAAGACUCGAUCAUUCUUGAUCCACUGUCCGAAAGUUCCGUAUUCUCGUCGAUGCGAGAACUUGUAGUUUAGAAUUUUUAUUAACGAGUGUAAAUUUCGAAUUGUCGAGAAAGAGAUCGGCGAGAGGAUGGAAGAAUUUUCAAGAUCAACAGGAAUUCGAUUUGCAAAAUCGUCCGAACGAUUCGAGAAGAAUUCGAAUCUCGCGGCUGGAAUACAUUUCUUUCCUUCUUUUUGUAAUAAACCUCGGAACGUUGUUGCUUCCUUUAUUUAUUAUUAUUACUCGCGCGGCACGAUUAUUUAUUAUUGUCUCCCUCGCAUUUGUUAAUAAAAAAGCAUAUGAAUAACAAUUACACUA